AUGGCUCUACGCUCAGGGAUACAACUAUAUCGCCAUGGACGCUUCCCCGUUGCGGGUGGCGUUCUCCCUGAUGCUUUCACAGCCUAUGAGACAUUCGGGGAUCCCAAGAACCGUUGCAUAAUAUUUCCGACCUGCUACGGAGGACGUUUAGAUAAAGGACUCGCAAAGAAGAGCUUUAUUAACUCAUGGCUGCAGGCGUUGGAUCCGACGAAAUACUAUAUCGUUACUCUUGCCUUGUUCUCGAACGGAGAGUCCUCAUCUCCGUCGAACACGCCUGUACCAUACAAUGGCCCAUACUUCCCUGGCGUUUCCUACGAGGACAACAUCCGCGCCCAGUAUGCCGUCUUAACAAAGGGGCUUGGCAUUACCAAAGCCUACUGCGUCAUUGGCUUUUCAAUGGGCGCACAGCAGGCAUAUUAUUGGCCUGUGAUGUAUCCAGAUUUUGUCGAAAAAUUCAUAUCCAUUUGUGGGUCCGCUCGCACCAGCGUCCAUAAUAAGUGUUUCCUGGAAGGCCCCAAGGCAGCCCUUGUAGCGUCUAAAGACUUCGAUAACGGACACUACAAGACUCAACCCUACAUUGGCAUCCGCGCCUUCGGGCGGGUCUACUCUGCAUGGGCCUACGGACAGGCUUGGUUCCGUCAGCACGGUCACCUCUACGACGGAAAGUAUUCCUCCCUGGACGACUUCCUCCGCUCGGACUGGGAAGGCGGCUUCCUCGAUUGGGACGCUAACGACCUCCUCACGCUCUUGAAAACGUGGCAAACGGGCGACAUCACCCUCGCCAAUGGCCCAGGUGCAGGAGAUUUCGCGAAAUCCCUUUCGGGCAUCACGGCCAGGGGGUUGAUAAUGCCCUGCAAGACGGACCUGUACUUCCCUCCGGAGGACAGUGAGAUAGAAGUCUCGCUUAUGACUAACGGAUCGAAGCUCGUGGUGAUCCCUUCAGUGUGGGGCCAUAUGGCCGGGGGCGGUGCUAAUGACGCGGACGACGCAUUUAUCGAAGCGGAAGUGAGGGGAUUCCUGGAAGAAAUAUAA